AUGAUCAAGUUCUUCCUCAUGGUGAAUAAACAAGGGCAGACCCGGCUGUCUAAGUACUACGAGCACGUGGACAUUCACAAGCGAACCCUUCUGGAAACAGAAGUCAUCAAGAGCUGCCUCUCCCGAUCCAGCGAACAGUGCUCUUUCGUUGAAUAUAAGGAUUUUAAGCUGAUCUAUCGGCAGUAUGCAGCUCUGUUCAUCGUGGUUGGAGUCAAUGACACCGAGAAUGAGAUGGCGAUUUAUGAAUUCAUCCAUAACUUUGUGGAAGUUUUAGAUGACUACUUCAGCCGAGUGAGCGAAUUAGACAUAAUGUUUAAUUUGGAUAAAGUACACAUCAUUUUGGAUGAAAUGCUAUUAAAUGGCUGCAUUGUAGAAACGAAUCGGGCAAGAAUUCUUGCCCCUCUACUAAUUCUCGAUAAGAUGUCAGAAAGCUGA